UUAUAUCUUUUGCUAGUAGUAACUAAUCUAACGACUAAUUCAAACAAGAGAUAGAGACACAGAGAGAGGGCUUCAACAAAGCUCAUUCAUGGCCACAUUCAAACCUCUCAAGUCAACCUCCUUGAUCAUAGUAGUUUUCCUUUUUUUCCAACAAUUAUGUUUGAUCAAUGGUCACGGAGGUGACAAUCACGACACACACGAUUUGCAUUCAAAAGGCUUGAUUCUGGUGAAAAUAUGGUGUCUGAUCAUUCUGCUUGUGAGCACUUUUGUUGGCGGAGUUUCGCCUUAUUUUUAUCGGUGGAACGAAAGCUUUCUUCUUUUGGGCACUCAAUUUGCUGGUGGGGUGUUUCUUGGUACAUCCCUGAUGCAUUUCUUGAGUGACUCAGCCUCCACUUUUGGAGAUCUUACCACAAAAACAUACCCUUUUGCUUUCAUGUUAGCCUCUGUGGGUUAUCUUCUCACCAUGUUUGGUGACUGCAUAGUGGUUUUCGUUACGAGGGGAGGGGAAAAAGAAGCCAAAGUGGAGGUGGAAGAAGGAAGCAGAAGCAGAGCUCAUGAGGAUCAUGCAGUUGAGGAGGUAGGAGGAAUGGAUCUCAACCCAACUCUUGUGACGACGACGUCGUUUGGGGACACAGUUCUUCUAAUCCUUGCCUUGUGUUUCCAUUCAGUUUUUGAGGGUAUAGCUGUUGGAGUAGCAGCAAACAAGGGGGAUGCAUGGAGGAACUUGUGGACAAUUUCGUUGCACAAAAUAUUCGCAGCCAUUGCAAUGGGGAUUGCGCUGCUGAGGAUGAUGCCAAAGAGGCCAUUAGUGACGACGGUGGCUUAUUCUUUUGCCUUUGCCAUUUCGAGCCCUGUUGGAGUAGGGAUAGGCAUUGCCAUUGAUGCCACAACUCAAGGCCGCGCAGCUGAUUGGACCUAUGCUAUCGCAAUGGGUGUUGCUUGUGGAGUUUUCAUCUAUGUUGCCAUCAACCAUCUUAUAGCAAAAGGCUUCAAACCACAAGGUCACUGUAAAUUCGACACUCCUUUUUUCAGGUUUCUUGCCGUGCUUGUUGGAGUGGGUGUUAUUGCUGUAGUUAUGAUUUGGGAUUAGAUAACUUGUACAGAAAAUGGUUUUCUGUGAAUUGUAUAAUAAACUUGCCGGAGUGUGCAUGUAAAAGGAUUGCAAAACCUUUUCUUUUUUUUUUUUUUUUUUUUUUUCUUUUUCUUGGAUCUAUUGUACUAUUUGGCAUUUGGAAGCCAUAAUUGAGUGGAAUAAUUGAUAUCAAAGCAACUUUUUUCAGGAAAACUAAUUUGCAAGGAUUUAUUUAAGUAGCAAACAAAUAAGCAUGAG